AUGGGUCGAAGAAGUAGAUCCCGCAGUCGAAGUUACAGAAGCGAAGACGACUACGAAGAAGAUCGGAACGGAACGAGAUUGCACAUCGCCGACAUUUCGCCAGAUUGCAACAAACGAGAUUUGGAACGGGAGUUUGAGAAGUUUGGGGAGAUGUACGAACUUUGGCUGGCCAGGACGCCGCCAUGUUUUGGGUUCGCUGUCUACAGGAGGCGGGCUGACGCUUAUGAAGCUAUGGACGCUCUCAAUGGAAAAGUAAUUGGCAACAGUAGAUUGAAAAUAACGUUGGCGCUACCGAGAGCUAGAGAACGAUCAAAUCGUCGAACAGGAUUUGAUUCCAGUUUGAGGUGCUAUCAAUGUGGGGAGAGAGGACAUUUUGCCAGGGAUUGUGAGAGAGUGGGAAGGAAUCGGAGUCGAUUCAGUCCCGAUUCCAGAAGGUUUUUAUUUCCACUUUUGAUAUUUUUAUUAUAUUCGGGCUGA